GGCUCUAAUGACGUGUCAGUCGGCGUCAGAAAUAAGCCAUCGCAGAGUCGGAGGUUGAUUUAUGAAAUCGUCUUUACCUCAGGGCUAGAGCAGCGAAUGUUCAUUCCGAGACCGCUCGCAUCCACAAAGGGUCUCUCGCGGUCAGCUGAUCAAACGUACGAACCCAGCGAUUUUGUUUUUUAGCUGCCGUCAAGUGGAACAACGCGACUAAAGUGUCACACGAUCACAAUUACAACUCCCCGAGGAUUUACAUUCAUUUGAGACUGCAUUUUGAAUUAGUUUCUAGUGAUGAUGAUGGUGCUACAGAACAGCGAGUUUCGCGCUUCGCCAAGUCCUCCACAUUCUCUGUCAGGCGGGAUGGACGACCAGGUAGACGCCACACAAGCCACGCAUGAGAGCAAGAAAAAAUCGGACAUGCAGCACGUUAAGCGCCCCAUGAAUGCAUUCAUGGUCUGGAGCCAGAUAGAGCGCAGAAAAAUGGCAGAGGAGCAUCCGGACAUGCACAACGCAGAGAUCAGCAAACGACUUGGCAAGCGGUGGAAACUGCUUUCCGAGUCUGAGAAGCGCCCGUUUGUAGAGGAGUCGGAGAGAUUGCGCAUUCGUCACAUGCAGGCAUAUCCUGACUACAAAUACAGACCGCGCAAGAAAAAGCAGCCCGCCAAGGCAAAGCCCGGGGACGCAAAACCUGCGGCCUCUGAGCAGAGCUCGCGUAAGAACUUAACGGUAACUGCGCUUGGAACCAAGCGUGAAGCGUUACCCGGUGCACAAAUGGGUAGUUAUUACGGGUCGAGUUCUGCGAAGAAGUUUAACUCGAUGAGCGAACCUACUUACAAGAAGCAAAGACGGGACCUAGGACCUAUCACCCCUCCACCAAACGUCCCCGACUCUAUCGGAGUCACCCCGGAGGAGCCCAUCGACCAGCUUUCACUGUACGAAGAUUUCGACCAAGCUUUCAAGACCGAACAAAAUGCGCAAGGGAUAAAUUCUAAUCACCAACAAGCCGCGCAUAACAACCACCAAAUACCAAGCGGCUGGCCAAAUCUUGAACUCUCUACUCUAAAUCUGAACAGUCUUCCUGUGUCGCCGCUGUUUGGACUUGACGGCGCUAAUGGUGGCCAGUUCGACUUCCCCGAUCUCUACACGCCACCGGAGGUCUCCGAACUUAUACAAGGCCAGUGGCUUGAAAACAGCCUAGAUCAACUUUAGUCCAUUUUUUAGUUACUUUUAAUAUUAUUUUGUAGCUUUCUUUCGAUACGGUCAGCCUGGCUGACCAAGGCUCUCGUUUUAAAUAGAGCGAAUUCUUUUCUAUAACACAGUCGUAAGGUGGUUUCUUCCCGCCAGUCCCAGACAAUUUUCUAAAGACUUCCACAUGUGAAUAUUUUUUCUCGUUCUAAAGUGUACGCUUUGUAUAUGUAUCUAGCGUAUUCUCGUUUUAGAGAUGUUUUAUUACUCUUAUAGUAAAAAGACAUUACUAUAAUAAUUGAAAUGUCAAUUCUUCCGUAUUCGCACAAAUUGAGUUUCCUCCGCAACGAGAGACAGUAUUUGUAAAAUACAUACGAGCGAAGAUCGACAGAAUUAUAUUAUUAUGAAAAUUGA